AUGACAAAGAAGAAGCCAAAAGCUUCUACGCAGUCGACCGAGAAGACGGCUGCUGCUACUGCUACUGCUACUGCUUCAACUAUUCCAACUCCAAUCGUCGCCGGCCAACAGACUGCAACAAGUGCUCCGACACCGCCAACGCAGGCCUUGACAACGCCUUCAACCUUGGUGAUAUGUCGCAAUAAGCACUGGCGACACAUCUCCUCCUACCAUGGACCAUGGUUGAAUCUUCCUCCCGAGGUGCUCGAGAGUCUGGCCUUCAGCAACUUCUACUCCCCUCGUCCCCGACCCAUUGACCCGGCCGUGUUCUUCGACCUGGUCAAAAUCCGAAGACUGAUCGACGAUGCCACCAGUCUGGCCGUCCGAGCCGCCAACGGCACCACCUCCGCCUCUCUACACACCUCUAUGAAUGCGGCCAAUGGUAUCUUCAACGGAUCUGAUGCGGAAAUCCUGGGCAUAGGGUCUGUAAGAGGUGGCGGCAAUGCCAAGUUGAGUCGGGAGCGGAAACACCGUAUGAGAGAGCAUGCUACGCAGAAACUAUCUCACGCGUACCAACUCGACGAGAUUGCGGCCAGCGUUGCCACCAUGCAGGCUGCGUCGGCGAUAGACGAUGUGGCAAGGCAUGUUCUACAACGCAAUGUGGAAGAUCCGGACGCCCAGUAUGUGCACUUUUUCCACGAAAAGGUGCCGUCGCUGGCCAUGCCGCAGUAUACCACUCUGGAUCCCCUGAACCAUGUCAUUCGCCAAAAGCCCACCGAGGCGUCGCCCUACCGAACCAGAGCCGUUGCGCGGGUCUUCAAGGACGAUCUCGAGGGCGCCGCGCGGGAUUGUACAGAGGGCCUGGCCGUGCACCGGCUGUACCAGCCACAACGUCAGAAUGGCCAACGGGGUCUGGUUCUGGCCAACGAGGUCGCAAAGUACGGCCGAGAGCAUCCCCUGGACGGCCGCGUCGAAGAGAAGGACCAGCCCAGCAGUCUGGAGCCUCAACUCCUCUUUCAUCGUGGUGGAGCAUAUCUGACCCUGGCGUGCGACCAUAUCGGACGUGCAUUAGGAGAGGGGCGUCAACAUGCUUCUGCUUCUGUUUCGAGAGACCUCCAAGACUACGACGGAACAGCCGGUGAUCCCUUGACAGAGUUUGAGAAGGAAGAAGCAAGGAGUCGAGCCGAGGCACGCAAAUUGGUCCGAACGUACGCCAAACGAGCGCUUCGAGACUAUACAGCUUUCCUGUCCCAUUUUGACUACACCCCCGGCCUCUCUGCCGAGUACACGGACGCCUUUCUGGAGAAGCUGAGCUCAACCACUCUUGGUGCCAGUGAUCGAUCGCGGAGUGAAAGACUGCUGGACAUCGAUGCUCAUGCACGUUCUGGACUCGCAGAAGCGCUGGUCAAGUACGAGAGCCAGAAGAAUGGUCACCAAGACCGGCCGUUACCUCCAAUCCCGAAGCCGGCGGUACACAAGUUGAACGCUUUGUUUGCCGCAGUUCCUCCUACCGAUAUUCCCCCAUAUCCUCCCGCCUCGGACAGUCUCAAAGAUCCAGACCAUCCUGCGUUCUCGCUACCAGACUUCUCCGAAGCGGUUACAUACCAUCCGCUGCUGAUGGACGUGCUGCAUUCCUUACUACUGUGCCAUUGCCUUCUUCAGACGUCGACCAAGGAACAUCUGCGACACGCACACAUGGCCGCGCGGAUCGUUCGGAUCUGUGACGGUUACCCCAUCUUCCUGGCCCCGCGCUCACCUGCCCGGGCGGAUUGGAUCGAGAUCCUCCGCCGCUCAAAGAACUGGUUGGGGUUAGAUGACACCUGGGAGCGUCUGUGUUCUCCUGUUCCCCUCCCCGAGCAUGAUCACAAACCUCGGCCGACCAAGCGCAAAGAGGGAAACCUUAACGGGAACAGCAGAGACCAGGCCAAACAGGGAGACAUCAAAGAGGCGAUGGUAGAGGAGCGAAUGAUGGCUCAAGAAACGUUCAGGACUGGCGUCAAAGCUCGCGAACUGAAGACUGCCCAGAAAGAGGACGACGCUGCGAGGAAAGAACAAAAACAUCCAAAAGCGGAUGAGGCGCAUGCCAAAGAGAAGGCUAUCGCGGCUGAUGUGUUGUCGCGUUCCAUGAGGACGGAACGAGCGGAGGCCAUUAGUCGAUGGGUCAUGGAAGCACCUCCUCUGAGCUCGGCCGACGGAACCAGCCGAUCAAAGAAGAAAGUCGGGGCAAAGGCCAGGUUGAGGAAGGCGGAGAGUACAAUCUCCAGUCUAAGGGGAUCUGGCUUGGAGCAAAGCGUGGAUAGUCUCGACCUCGUUGAUUAA